UACGAUUGACAUUCUAGACGGGUGUAUGUCUUUCGACAGAUUCACGAUUCAGUGGUUGUGCGUGCGAUGAUUAUAAUUAUUGUGCAGCCUAUUUGGCCCAUGUGGCGGCGCUAUUUCCACGCUGUUAGACUGCAUUUACACGGUCUGGUGGUUGUCGGGGGCUGAUGACUCGCGUGCACGGUAUUAUUACUUCGCAAGGGAAAAACGUCGCGCCAUCAUGCUGGCAUGCGGUGUCAUUUUUAUUGAAAUGCAAGCGGAGCUGGCGAAUGCCCGAAACAUUUCACAGUCCUGGCCACGUGUAUCUGGAGCACCUGAAGUCAUGUCGUUGGAGGAAUGGAACAACGUAUGAAAACAACUUUGUUUAGGCCUACGCUACGGUGGACCCACUGAGCUGAUGAAAUCGGUUCCUGGUGUUCUUUCUGUGAAUGUCUACAACGGAAGUCUCUCGUCACUUGCAUUCAGUACAUGUAGUCCAAGUCUCCAAUCUAGCUAAAAGCGGCCGUUAACAAAGCUGCCCAGCGGGGCUACUAGUCAUGCGCUCUUCAAGUUCAAGGGCACACCUUCAUAAUAACCCCAGGCGGUGUGUGUGACAGUCCGUGCGUGCUAACUUCCUACCCGUGCGGCUGAUCGUUGGUGGGAUUGCUACGCCAGCUGGUUUCAUUCAGCAGGGUGGUUCGGUGGAUGUGGCACAUACAUGUGUAAAGUGGCAUGGCAUACGGCUAGGUCCUCGCUCAAUCCUCGCGUAAAGAUGCAAGCGACAACCUUGUUGGUUUGUCAUUCGUCAGAUCCGUGCGACUAGACUGUUGAAACCUCGUUUCAUCUGGGUCUUGUCCCCCAUUCAUUUCAACCAUAGAGGAUCGUCAAUCCCUCCAGAGCUCUUGGAGUACAUCCUGCGGGCCGAUGGGCUCCUCCUGUCGCGGAAGCUGGACGGUCAUCUACAAAAACGAAGGAGCUUUCUGAAGGGUUCAAGUGGUGGGUACGUGCCUUGCGUGAGAACCAAUGGGCUGUUAUGCCCUGUCCGUCGUCACUUUCAUUCAUCAGUCGAACAGUUUCAUUUGCCAUGGAGACGACCUGCAACUAGUUUUCGGGUUCGGAAUGUACCCGUGCCUUUGCGUCUCUGUACAUACAAGAAACCCUUAGACUGGAAGAACGUCGACACCACACUUCUGGCCGUGAAUUGGACUGUAUAGUGCAACGUUGAACGAUUAUUUUGCCAGCGGCUAAACAAUUGCGUGUCUGAUUGAUAAUUGAGAGAAAUCGCUCUGAACAAACACAAUCCUAUUAUCAACUUAUGUACAACAGCUGCUCUCAUACGAAAGACGACGGUGUAGUUUUCUGCGCGUAAAUCGACCGGUACUAGGAAAGCCUGUCCCGUUGCGGGCGAAUUCACUGCUAAAGCGAGCGUGUGAAAACCUGCAACUCGCCCAUAAAUGCAACCGUACAUUGUGGAACAAUUCAUACGGACUCUUGGUGGUCGGCCCAACGUUGCCUCACUAUCAGAAAUUUGGUGAAGCUCACUGGAGUUUUCUACGUUAUCCCUAACUCCACCAGCAGUGUUUAUCGCUGACGCCAUGGUACAAAGUGCAGUUUAAUUGAUGAAGUCCCAGGCUCCGUUUUUCAUUCCUGGGACCUGGAGCGGUGCUCGAGCUCACGUUGGCUUUUGAACUGCUUGAGGGGUCCAGGAGCACUUUUUUUUUUACCCGAACACAGUGGAUCUCGACACCUUUCAUCAAACGGCUCACCGGCGACAUUUGAAGCGCGCUGAGCCAGAUGCUUAGCCAAUUUGCCUGGUGAUCUACAGACAGCAGAGAGUAUCACCCUGACCCACAGAAGGAUAUACAUGGGACACAUUCGUAACAGAUGGAAUUUUGUUUUUAGCACCGACCAAGGCAGAUCGGUUCCGGAGUCACCGUGUCUUCUAAAAAGUGUCCCGACCUCAUUGAUUUUUUGGGAGGGCACUUAUAGAGAACACAGAGCGCCCGCCGUAAAACUACUCUCUGUACCCCAUCCAGGGAACCAUUAAGCCAGAGAAGCGGAAGGAAGAUGUGCUUUAAACAUGGAAUUACUAUUUGAUAACCAAGACGUGGUUCUUCGGUUUCGAGAGGGACAGUGCUGAUGACACUAGCUGAAGGAAACUUCCAACGCUGCUGGGGUUCUUUCACGAGGGAUGCCGGACAUCUUUCUGUCCUAAUCGGCUUGAACUUUCUUUCUUUUUCUUGGAGGAUUUCAGACAAGACAGGAAUCACAUUUCGCCGCUUGUUUUUCGAUGAUGAGCAAAAUGGCCGAAAAUCGCCAGGAUUCGCAAAACCACCUGUAUGACCGCCCGUACAAUAUUCGAGUUCAGCUCAAGGAUUGUGUAUUUGCAGAAGGAUAGUUCUUCAGAUAUGAUCUUCUAGUAUAGGCGGAUUUCAGUGGCGGUGGGAGUACUUUUAUUGGAUGGAUGGAUGGAUGGAUGGGACUUAGUAAUUUUCCUCGUAAUAGCACUGCUCAAGGGAAUUGAAUUUGUUGAUGUCUUUUGUUCCCAGGGACACCGUGUCCCUGUAAAGGAAGUUAUUAAGUCAACGUGCGCACGGAUGACAAAUGAAAAUAGCACCCCGGGAAUUACCUCUAAUGGCGGUUGGAUCGAUAUUGAGGGCGUGGCCCUCACCCUGAGGUCAGGCGUCACACGGUGCUAGGAUACAAAGUUCAUCUCUCGUUUGCGGAGCCAGUUGUGUGCAAGGGAAUGGGUACUUCUGAUCGUCAAUGGUGGAAGAGGCAAGACUGACUGUGUGAAAUUUAUUACUCAAUAGAGAGCAAGUAAACAGGGGGUGUUUGCGUUUUCACUCGCAGUAUACGUACGUGUGCCGGCUGUUUUUUUUUCGUUUUUUGUGUUUUUUUUUUUUGCAGGCAAGCCUGGCGGCGCGUUUCGCGCCUCGUCUCAAAGAGCAACUGAUCGGCGGAAUCAGCAGAAACGUGACACAUAUCCGCAGAUGCAUUUGCAUGGUCGUAACGCUUGAUGUUGCAGAGGAUUGAAUUUGACAUUUUACCGAUGCGGUUUUAAAAUGCAGAUGCCCGCAAGGCCGGUUUAUCUCAUUGAGGAAAGGGAUGACCGUUUCUUGCACGUUGGAUUAGUGUAAGCUCCGUUUGAUUUGUGGCGAAUGAAUUCGAAUGCGCCUUCAGAAGUCAGAUGCGGCUACAGGACGGCUUAAGCAAGGUUUAUGUUACCACGUUUUCAGGGAACUAUUUUACAUCUGAUAUGAGGACAUCUUUGCGAAUUCAAGAUAAGGCUCUUUUGAUCGUUGGACCUCGUCUUUGUUAAUUACUGAAAAUUCCUGCACACUUCUUGUCAGCCUUGUUAAGGGUCGGCAGUUUUGUGUCCAAUCGCUGGUGGAUAUCCCACCAUGGGCAACCAGGUUUAUGUCACCGCCGGCUUGGCUGCAGAGAUCCCCAUUGCUGUGGCUGCAGCGCUGGGCAAUGCACUGGUGUGCUGGGCUGUGUACUAUAACAGGCGUCUUCGGAACGUUACCAACUACUUCAUUGUGUCCCUCGCGAUUGCAGACCUUCUGGUGGGCCUGUUAGCGAUUCCCUUUGCGCUGUUGACCAACGCAGGUGAACCCCGCAACAGUUUCCACCUGUGCCUCUUCAUGAAUUCCUUUGUGGUGACGCUGACGCAGAGCUCCAUCCUAAGCCUCCUCGCCAUCGCUCUGGACCGGUACUUUGCCGUGGUGUCCCCGCUGAGGUACAAGCGCGUGGCCACUGCCCGACGGGCCACGGUGGUCAUUCUCUUCACCUGGCUGCUGGCGUUCGUCAUCGGCAUGAUACCGGUGUUCGGCUGGAACCUCGGCCAGCCGGAGCGGGAGGACUACAAGUGCGUCUUCACCGAGGUCAUCGACAUUAGGUACAUGGUGUAUUUCAACUUUCUGGGCUGCGUGCUGCCGCCUCUGUUGAUCAUGCUUUUCGUCUACGUCCGGAUUUUCCGCGUGGUGAGGAAACAGUUGGCCGCCAUUUCACGGACCAUGGUGGCGAGUAACGAUGAGAUGAAUCGCCAACUUUCAGCACUGGCCGUGAAAGAGGGACGGGCAGCCAAGCUACUCGCCAUCGUUAUCAUCCUGUUUGCCGUCUCUUGGUUACCGCUUCACAUCAUCAAUACUAUUAGUCUUUAUACAAAAGUAGAGUACACCAUCCUCCUCAUAGCAAUUAUUCUCUCUCAUUCCAACUCUGCCAUGAACCCCAUAGUCUACACCUUCAGUAACCGCGAAUUCAGGCGCACUUUCUACCGACUCAUAUUCAAGGUCAUCCUACGAGGCGUCGUUACAAUCAAGAGAUGCGAACCGGACAACCGUAUGGACGAAUUCACGGGAGGCUACACCAGCGCGACUCAGUUUCACCAAGUCCGCAAUGGCGUUAGUUCAAGAGACACGCCCAGGGGCACACCCCUCCCACUCAAGAAAUUGGACGCUAAGGACCCCAAAGGAGCCGAUCACUGUCUCUGAUUGACGCUGACUGCGCCAGUACCAUUUUGGGGUGUUAUGUCAAUGUGUUGCUGUUUUACAAGAAUGUUUUAACUUCCAUUCAUGUCAUGGGUUGUGAAUGAUGAUUGGAAAGAAGCACGUGGUUCUCAUUUGGGCGAUGCAAAAGAAAAAUCACUGUUAAGCAUAAAUUGUGGUUUCCAAAUGGGUUAAAUACACACGUUGUGGUAUUUUUAUGGUAUCAUUUCUUCGACUCGAAACUUUGGCCAGAAUGCACUUUUACUUGCGGGUGAAAGUAUUAAAGUUUCAUUCUGGCUGUGAAGAAAAUUCAUUCGAAAACGAUAAUCACAAAGUGCUGGGAGUUACAGUGCAUUUAAUAAUGAAGGAUCGACAAAGUUUCGGCUGACGGGUUUUCUGCACCUGUGCGCUGGUAUUACAGGUUUUUUGACAGACGAAAGUUUUGAAGGAAAAUAAUUGUCAUGUGGAAGUAGAUUGUUGAAGAGUUGCCUCCGCGGUUCGUUUCCAUACAGGUUUGCAAGCAACAACGUGGACGGGUUAUGAAAGGGCACAGGAAAUCGUCUUUAAAGAAAAUUACUGAGAAAUCACAGAGGAUGCUACAGCCAAAGUAAUAACCUAUUUCUCCUAUUUGUAAUUUUGUUUUGAAAUGAGCUCAAUUCGGCUACGUAAUGUGCCAGACAUUUUGCUUCGACCAGCAACGCAUUUUGAAACAAACUCUCUGAAAUUACUGUGCCAAAUUAGUGUACCAUUCCAGUAGCAUUGUACAGAGAAUGAAAGGAUUUUAAGAACUUGUCUUAUUGCCAAACACGUAGAUCAAGGUAUUCACCCCAUGUACCAGUGAUCUGUGAUUUGAUUUUGAGGUUUAUAUUGUACUAUCGGGCUGUCGAAAAAAAUGUGUUACUGCAGACGCAUCAAAUAAGCAAUUUCGUGCCCAACCACCACUGAAUCAAAACGAGAGUGAACAGAAGAAUAUUUUACACGGUUUUCAAUUUUUGAGGCUUCCUUCUCCACUCCAUGCGUCCUUGAAGUUUGUCUAGCGCAAAGGGUUCGGAGGUUUAAACGUUGUCUCGGUAGCCACACUACUUUGCAGUGUAGUACUUAGAGGCUGAAUCUUUUUUUUUCUUUUUUCUCUCAAAAAUGCGUUCGUUAAGUGUUGUAAUAAUACAAGACAAUUUCAAUAAAUUACUUUGCUUCUUUGUCAUUCCAUCUUUAAGAUUUUUCACUGUUCAUAAGCAUAAAUGCUGUUGAGACCUAGUCUACUAAAAAAACACAAGAAUUUCUCAGGAAAGUUCAGUGUAGUUGCAGUGCACUAAAAUGCUAUUUCGGGCCUACGUGUAGAAUUUGAUCACACUGUACACGAGAAGUUUAAAUAAAUGCCAUUGCUCAAUUUUGGACGAGCAAGCCGCAAUUCUGCAUAGCCGAACUUUGUCAGAUUAAGACUCACGCGAACUAAAAGUUGAAACUGUCUUUUCAAUCACGGAUGACUCGAGGUCAUUGAGGAAUAGGUGAGAAAUUGCGCUCUCGACAUUCGCCUUUUUUUUUCCAAAAUCGAAGCGCUCGCUGAGUCCAGACACUUUCAUCGGCACAAGUGUGUGGCGCAUUCAGCAACAAACAUGGAAAGCACAUAAUUCUUGGGAGAAAGGAGUUACUUCCGUAAAUGUGUUCUGCCACUGUCAACAAUUGAUGCGAAAUGUAGAGCAAAAGUGUCCUGUUUAAAGCACACCAUCCUCUGUGCAAUGAAUUUAUAUAUGUGUUGCAUUAAAGGAGUGCAUUCCAAGGUCCGUUUUGUGCC